CACACACUCUCUCUGUGUCAGUGCACCAUGGAGAGAUCCGCUGUGGUGUCGGGCCGCAGGAGUCCCCCAGUACCAGAUUACAACAUCUCGACCUCCACCUUGGCCUUCGACCAGCAUUUCACCAAGACCACUGAGGGAGUUCUCCUCCAGGCUGAAAUAGUGUUUGGUAUGUUAGUGUGGAUUCUCAUUGGGGGUACAGAGUAUUUUCAUCUCUCUGCUCUUUGCUGGGUGAUGUUUGUCGCCCUCUCGUGCUGGGUUCUGACAGUUUGCCUGUUUUUAAUUUAUCUCACUGGAGCUCACAGGAGAAUACCACGGGUCCCCUGGACGACACUGUCCCUGUGUUUCAACUGCAGCGCAGCAGCUCUUUAUCUCGCGACAGCAGUAGCAGAUGCUCUGACUGUCAACCAGGCCACAAGGGGGCGGCACAACUACAACUGCUGGGUCGCAUCUACAUUCUUUGCCUCUCUGACCACACUGUGCUAUGCAGGAAGCAGCUACCUGAGUUUCCACGCCUGGAAAACCACAGAGGAGGAGCACUAGUUUAAUUAAGUUACCAUCAACGAAGGAGGUGCAUUACCGAGGAAAGGACAUGAAGGGAAUAUCAGAUGACAGGAGAUCAAGCUUCAAACAAGAUGCUUCAGUUCAAUCAAAACUUGAUGGGAGACUGUAAAUAGGAGAGUAUUUGACAGGUAAUUCAGUUAAGUUCAGUGAAGACAUAUAUCAAUUAAAAUAUUAGACAAAGAGCUGCUUUCAAAAUGUUUGUGCUUAGUGGUGUCACACUGAAGUCAUUUACAAUCAGCAGUGUUCAUGUGUGGAACAAAAGAAAAAGACAUUUAAAACAAAGUAAAUAUUGUUUAUAUGUGGUGGACAAACAGAGUCAGUUUUUCUUUUGAUUAUUUGUCAUGUAAACUACUUAACAGACGCAGUUAAUCAGUGGUUCUUCUUAAGGUUAAGCUUCUAUAGCGCAGACCUCCAUCAACAGUCUCCUUAAAUUCAAUCAAAGUGCAGCAAAUUUCAUACACUUUUAGAUAUCAGUUCCCUAAAUAUGCCUUUUUCAUCAACAGCCAUGAAUUGCUUCUGGGAAAAUGGCAAAUAUGUCAAAAAGUGCUAGAUCUGGCAAAAAUCAAAUGUGUUGUGGGAUUUGAGUUUAGUAUUCUUUGUACCAUCCGGCCAACAAACAAACAAAAAUUUCCUUGGCAGAGAUAACCACAACUGACCAAACAAACAAAUGGUGCCCUCAUGACCAGAUUCAACACAUUCAGAAUCAGUCACACAAAUGGUUAAGUAGAAGAUAGAACGUGUUGUUUCGAGUAGUUUAUGUGUUAGAUCAUUUAAUCUUCCUUCUAGUGUUGAACAAAUGAAGAGACGUUGAAAACAUUCUGAAGAAAAAGCUGCAACUCAGCCAGUGGUCAGGCCGUGAGUCUGUAGCUUCAAACUGACCAUGUUUAAUUGGCUGGUUUGAAAAAAAAAAUCUUUUCAAAAAAAAUAAUAUCUUGAAAUGGGUAAAUGAUGAUUGAAAUAAUGUUUGGCUCCUUAUUGUUUUGUUGUUAAUGGUAGCUUUAGCAUUUAUAAAUCACUGUGGCACUCUGAGAGCUGCUGGUAUUUCUUAUUGCAUCUGCCACACUCCGACACACACUGGCAACGUUGACACUGUUAUGUUUUUUUGUCUGUUCCUCAGUGCAUGGCUUGACAUUGUGAAUGAAUUAACACACCUUAAGAGCCUAAAAAUAAAAAUAUGUAUCAACUAAAUUAUAAGAGCUAUUCAGUCUCUUCCCUCCAUAGAAAAAACGUGCAAUAUAAGUUAUAUUUUGGAGGGAGAAUGGUGAUUGGUAAGGGGUAUGGAUAGGGGAAAUGAUUACACAUUUUAACAGUAUUUGCAUUCACCCGAAUUUAAUAAGAUUCAAAUUGUACAUUUCUCCAACCAUUAACAAUAAGCAUGAAUGAAAACCAUACAGUCCUCUCAAUAAUCCCCCUCUAUCAUAACAACUGAAUCUUCUCUAAAUAUAUAGGAUUUUGAUUAAAAGUGAGAUACAGUUCUGGUUUGUUUCCUUCAGGGAUACUUAGGGCAAAGAGUGUUUAAUAAAUGCCCCUUUAUGUGAAGACUGUGCAUGUUGAGUAUGAAUGCACCACAGAGUCACAGAAUGAGUUAAUAUAGAGCCUUCACCAUUAAAUCUUAGUUUCUUUACUAAUAAAACAA